AUGGUGAAGAGCUACCGUUCCGUAUUUCUGCUGGUCUGCGUGACAUUCCUGGUGAUCGUGUCGUCGCCGAAGAACACCGCCGUGGCUGACAAGCUGAUUGGUAGCUGCGUCUGGGGCGCUGUCAACUACACCUCCGACUGCAACGGCGAGUGCAAGAGACGCGGCUACAAGGGAGGCCAUUGUGGAAGCUUCGCCAAUGUCAACUAUGAGUUUUCGGACCAAAGUUUUCAGUCGGUGGUGUUGAACCUUGACACUGGGUUGGCCUCCAUUAUUCCUGGAAUUCGUAAUGGAUUUGCGAGUGCUGUGGAUCAGGCGACCGGUGACGUCUACCUAGGAGGGAGCGACGGUAUAUACAAAUACAAUUAUUGUAGCAACGACAUCGAAAAGCCGGCGCUAGUUCACCGAACUGACAUCUUCGACAUGUAUUUCGAUGACAAGCUGUACUUUGUAGAUACAGGCAAACAGAACCUGUAUGCUUUCAAAGACAACAACAAGUGUUUGGUCACAGAGGUAAAGGAAAAUCUAAUUCAGCACUUUGUAAUAGAUGUCAACAGUGAUUUAUAUUUUGUUAAUCCCAGCGGGUUGUUUGUGUUGGAAAAGGGCAGUAAAUCACCUGUGUUCGUUUAUGGUAAUGACAUAAGUAUUCGAGGGGCCACCACUGAUACAUACGGAACACCAUUUUUUGUAGCACAUAAUGGAAUUUAUUCUAUUGAUAAAGAGAGUAAACAGUUGGUGUUGGUAGUGACGGUAAAUAACGGCUACGGGUUAGCUUUCGAUCGAAGUAAUAACAUCGUCUAUAGCGAAGAGCGUUCCGUGAACAUCCUGACUCCUUAUUAA